UUUCGAUGACGAUCGGACUGAUCAAGUAUUGUUUUCCUCUGUGGCCUGUGCAUAUGGUAUCUCAUUCUUAGAUCUCGAACUGUUUGUCAUGUGAAAUUUCUUGUGAAAGUGUUAUUUUCUUUCAAGAGUUCCGUUUCCUUAUUUCUAUUAAAAUUGAUAUGGAAGACAUUCAUCAAAGAGUUGGUUCACAACAUUCCAAUGGCGGCACAAGCCCAAUACCAAAACCCCCCUCUAUCUCAUCAAAACGGGGUGCCGAUAGAGCAGAACAGGAAUCAUAUGUGCUCUGGCGUAGACCUGUAUCUACAUUGAACUACUUCUUUCAAGAACUUUUCAUUUAUUUGAAAAGUAUUCCCCCGAAAUUAUGGGAGCACCGACGAUAUGUACACCUUUCCAUCUUCAUAGCACUAGUUGUAAUUAGUUUGAACAAUUUGGCUGGACCUCACCAACAAGUACUAUCCUGGGCUCAAAAGAAAUUUCUGUGGUGUGUGUACUGGUUUGGACUAGGGGUGCUGUCAUCAAUAGGACUUGGAACUGGGCUCCACACGUUCCUACUGUACUUGGGCCCUCACAUUGCCUCGGUCACCCUAGCCGCAUACGAGUGUGGGGGGCUGAACUUCCCUGAGCCACCAUACCCAGAUGAGAUCAUAUGUCCUGACGAGGUGGAUCCCCGUUGGGUUGCUACCCUGUGGAACAUCAUGUGCAAGGUGCGGCUGGAGGCUAUGAUGUGGGGUGCGGGCACAGCAGCAGGUGAACUGCCCCCGUACUUCAUGGCUCGGGCCGCCCGCCUCUCCGGCUAUGAUCCAGAGGAUGAAGAUGAUCUCAGAGAGUUCGAAGAAUUUCAAAGAAAGAGAGAGUUGCAUCCAGAAUCUUUGACAUUGUUAGACCGAAUGAAGGUAAUGGUUGAGAGUUUAGUAGAAAAAGUUGGAUUUUUUGGAAUUCUAGCCUGUGCCUCUAUUCCCAACCCACUGUUUGACUUGGCAGGAAUUACCUGCGGUCACUUCCUAGUUCCCUUCUGGACCUUUUUUGGUGCUACACUGAUAGGCAAGGCUGUGAUCAAAAUGAUGAUUCAACAGAUCUUUGUGAUCGUUGCGUUUAAUGAAGCUCUUAUCGCUAAGGCUGUGGACAGCUUGUCUGUAGUACCGAUCGUUGGGCAACUGCUUCAGGAACCAGUAAUGAAGUUCUUUAUCAAACAAAAAGAAAGAUUCCACAGAAAAGGAGGAGACAGUGUUGACUUUGGAGGCAACUGGAUAGCAAAAGCGUUCGAGAUUUUUGUUGUCUCCAUGAUCAUCUACUUCAUUGUAUCGAUCAUCAACUCGUUCGCUCAAAGUUACCACAAGCGCCUCAGAAAAUUAAAAGCUCAAAAAGAAUCAAAAGAUUGACUUAGAGUUCUUUUAGGCAGAAUGUUUCAACAGUUGUGUUCGAGUAAUUUUGUUAAUUUUUUAUGGCGUUUUGUAUAUAGUUGCUUGUUCUUGUUGGAAUGAAAUUGUAUUUGAUCUAUUUAUAGUGAUUUAUCAUUAAGGUGAAACUCCUGUGAUGUGUUCAAACAGAGCUAUGUACAGUAACAGUUUUAUAGGUGAGUUUGUACUUGACUGCUAGUGUGAGUGACUCAGUAGAUGUAUUCGGCUUGUUUCCUAGUCUAGACUGACUCCAGGGGAAUAUAUUGCAGUGGUCCCAGCUAAGUGACUUGUGUACUAAUAAUGAUAAUUCUAGGAAAUAGUACAUAUUCACGUAUAUGUACUGUUGUUUAGCUGAAAAACAUGAUAAUAAAAUUCAACUUGUCAUCAGUAAACAUAUGCAUAAUUUUGCAUGCAUAAAAAAAUUUAUAAUUUUUGUCUAGGAAGCAAUAAUUUAUGAACUACUAAUGCAUAGUGAAAUUUUUACAUAAUAUGACUUGUUAAAAGUGUUUCAGAUGGUUUUUUUAUCAAAGUGAUUACAAUGUAAUGCAAAUAAUGUUUAGCGUAGUAUAUUAGAAAACACUUUUAAAUUAUUGCAUUUUGAUGAUCUCAUGACCAAAGACAAUUGCUAACAUUUGUAAUUUAUUUAUCAACUGUAAUGUUGGCUUUGGCUAUUAAUUAAUAAUCUUAUAUCAUAUUUGGAUUUGGUACUACUAGCCUUUAGAUAGACUAUAAACCGUGUCCAAAUAUCAUCCCUUGUAAUUAGUUAAGCAUGAUUUAAGUUUACACCACACCCAAUCUCCCCCUGACACAGUUGACUUAACUGUAUGUUAUUUGUUAUAUUUAUUGUGCAAAGUUUACAAUAGACAGCUCCAGAUCUAAAUUUCUUGAAUUUUUAAUUUCUUCAUUCUGUUAUGACUAACAAUUUCCUUAGAUUGAAUUGCAUAAUGGUUUUUACAUUGUCACUUAUGAUCUUCCCAUAUUAUGUGAUGCUAAAGUUGGCUAUUUUUUAGAAUGAAACUUGGUAUUUAGUUAAUUGUCCCAUUGCUUUAUUGUUUGUCGAUCAGUCUGAUCAAUACAAAUUUUCUAUUCCAUAGUUGUUACAUCAGCCAACCUUAUAAAUAGUGAAAUGUGAUGUUAGAUAAAAUAUUGUAAAGUUUCUAACAAAUAGAGUAUAACACUAAUUAAAAUUAGUUUACCUGAUGACAGGCCAUGAAAAAUCGGAAGUUAAUUCCUUUUUGAUUUUAUAAAUUUAAUGCUAAGACAAUGUAAACUAAAAGCAAUUAUAACUCUAGACCACAUAAUACAAGUAAUGAUGUUUUCUAUCAUGUUUACUCAUUGACAAAACAAUUUAAUACGUGACUUUUUCAAUAGUAUAUGCCACAAGUGGGGUAACAUAAUAUUGUAGACAUUAUCAUAAGUUAGGGACCUCUUGCUUUAAUUAUCCCCACAAAGGAUGCGAGUCUUAACUGGAAACUAACUUUCCUCUAAGUUGGAAAGUUGUAUGUUUUUCAUUUAGUUCUGGAGUUUUAUUUUAAAACAUUUCCUUUAACUUUUACAGGCACUGUAGUAAGUUACUUCCAAACUACAUGUAACAAUCUCAUGAGUGUCGUUUGCAUUUUGAGUGCAAAAUUUUCAAAUGUUUUUUUACCCUACAUUGUCAAUCUUUUUAAGAAAAUUACAAUACAAUAUCUUAAAAGUUAUCUGCAAUAUUUUUCAAGCGUUUAGUUCUUAUAUAAAUUGGCAUGUUAGUAUGGUUUGUAUGUUAUCCUUUAGCUAACAUAUACAUAAAAACUGUUCAAUGUUUUGUGUUUUAUUUGGAAAGAAUGUACAAAUAGUUAUUGAAGAUAAAUGGGUAAUUCUUCAAAUUUACUUUUACUCAGAAAUAUCAUGAUAAUUUUCAAACAAAAUAACAGAAAGUAAAACUGGUUAUGUAUUCUUUUAGAACAUAAAAUACUCAUUGCAAUACAAAUUUUAAUAUUUUAAUAAAUUGAAAAUGAGAAUAUAAAAGAAUUUGUGUGAUUACGGCACUCAUUGGGUUAUACUCUUGUUAUUUGGUUUAAAAUCGUUAUUAUUGUAGUAUGUUUGGUAGUGUAAGCAAGUGUAUUCCUAUGUUGUUUGGUACAUGACAAUGCGUACAUUCAUUCACGCACAAUAUUUACAUAAUGUAAAUGUCAGUUACCAAAGAUUUUAAGUAUAGUUUUUCUAACUUAAAUGCCUUUAGAGAAAUAGGACUAGAAUUUGGUGGUGCUUCAUUUGUAAAGUUCAUUUACUUAGGUCUGAAAAUACAUAAUGCUGUAUAAAAAUGUUAUCCUUUCCUACAGUGAAUGAAUGUAUGUUUAAUAUUUUUGUUGAGUUUUGUGUUUAGUCUAUCUUUUAUUUCUGUUAUUGUGAAGUUGUUUUGUUAUGAUAUAAUUUAUACUUGCCACAACUGUAUGAUACACAGUAGUGUUACCGAAUUGUGUCAUUAGGCUGAAAAUAAUAAUUGACUAAUAUUUGCGAUAGAAUUAGGUAUUACCAUAAAUAUUUUUUAUACCUAGCAUGUAGUGAUAACAAAUUUGAAUUGUGCUAAAUUUCAAAGUAAAGGUGCACAGUAAUUUGUCCUUGAAACUUCCCAAGUGGUAAUGAGCAAUAUUUUAACAGUCAUUCAAGCAAGCAUUUAGGUAUUUGCAUUUUGGAAACUAAAUGUUUUGUGCUCAAUUAUUUCAUGUUUCUUAUUUUUUAUAAUUACCAUCCAAAUGAUCAUUCCUAACGGCCUAUUCAAAAUAGUUAUUAGAUGUUAAUUGGGAAUAAAUCAUAUGCAUAGAAAAUUCGUUAAAUUAUUGUAGGUACUUUAAGAUUGUGAUUACUUAAUUAAAUUUCCCGGAAAUUAUAGAUUUACAUGCCCAUGUUUAUUCUAUAUCUAAUUAUCUCUUAAUAUUUUAUUGGUUUUGUUUCUAUUUGUACAAUCAUUAAAUUUUCUCUGUGAUUUUAUGAUUGUUCAACACUAGUAGGAUAUUUAAAUUUUUGCAAAAAUAUUCAAUAAAUGGUUAUUCAAUGAAUUUAUAAUAUUUAGGGUAGAGUAAAAAUUGAAAAAUUAUUAGCAGUUUUUUCUUACUGGAUUUAAAAUUAUAGUAUGCAUGUGAUAACAUUUGUCAAUAAUUAACAUUAUUAAAUUUGAAAGCUUCAGGUUUAGUAUUUAAAAUAAAUCAGCCAUUUAAUUACUUUUGGAGUUAAAACUAAUUUAUACAAUCAUUUUAACCAUUCGCAUGCAAUAGACACAUAAAUUAUCUACUUCAAACUUUCCUUAAAUCCUGAAUUAGAGCACAUCUAAAAUAACACAUUUAGUCCUCUAGUUCACAUAUCCACAAAGACAAAAUUAAACAUAUUUAUUAUCUGCCUGUGGUACUAUCAUAUCUUGGUCUGCCACAUGCAUAUUUAUUCCAUAAAUUUACAAUCAUCCUACUGAUAAUUUCAUUAUAGUUUUUAUUAAUGUUUUGCUUAAUGAUAGGUAAUUUGGUACCCAUGCAUAAAUAUGAAUUUUUGCUAACAUUGUACAAAGAUUUUCUAAUUUAAUGUAAUUUGUGCAUUUUACACACUGUUAUUAGUAAGUGUAAAAUUGUAUUACAAAUUUUGUAUUAUCUAUUACUGAAGAAAAUAUUUUGUGGAAAAAGUAGUUUAUUUAAUUUGGUGUUUAAGAAAAACUUUUUCAAAUUUUCUGUAGCAUGCAAAAGGUUAAAAUUAUUGUUGUUGUUCUUAUUAAUCAAGUCCAAAUACAAUUAAAUUUACAAUAAAUAGAUAUAAAAAUGUUAGGCUCUAGGAAAUAUUUUGUUAAAUAUUACUUGGAAAAAGGCACAACAAUCUUAUAGACUUUUUUCUGUUGUUUACAACUACAUGAUACAAAGUAAUGUUUAUUAAACCAAACCAUGAAGUAUUUAUACUUUGAAAACACUUCUUAACAGUAUUCUAAUUAUUAUUUAGGAUAUUUUUUCCAAAUUUAGAACGUAAUGUUCAUUGAUUGUUAGAGCCCCUCCUAUAACGAGAAUGAAGGAAAUAUUUUGUACCCACAAUGUUAUAAGUAAACCCUGAACAGUAUUUAAUAAUUUUCGUAUAGUAGUGAUAGAGUUAUUAAGUAUUGGUUUUGAUUCUGUUUGGAACCAUUCCUGCUAACACAUUCCUUUUCCUACCUCAAAUGUCUUCUAAACCAGAUUUUACAUUUCAAACCAAACUUCUAAACUAUGUGCUGUAAUUGAUUAUUAUUAAGUUUAUUUUGUUUGUAUGGUCCAAGAUAUACUUUUCUGUUCAUUUCCUAGAUUAAGUUUUCAUUUAAUUUGUGAAAAUAAAUACUUUUGUUGAUUAA